AUGCAGCUCCUCAGUUUGAUCCCGCUUGCUGCCACUCUUUUUGGCGUCGCUGUCGCGUAUCCAGCUCCAGCGUCAAACAUUACUGCACGUGCACCCGCAUCCUUUACUCAUCCUGGAGUUCUACUCAGCUCCUCACAACUCAACUUUAUCCGCAGCAAAGUCAACGCUGGGGCACAACCAUGGUCCGACGCGUACAGCUCCAUGCUUGGACACUCUCUUUUGUCACAGUCCCGGACACCAUCGCCUCGUUCGGUCGUCGAGUGUGGAUCUGGGUCUCAGAACCCGGGGAAUGGGUGCAAGGAGGAACGACAAGAUGCACUCGCGGCAUACGGAAAUGCAUUGGCGUGGUAUGUGAGCCAGGAUAGCAAGUACGCGAAGAAGGCAAUCUCGUACUUUAACGCUUGGGCGGGUACAAUCACGGACCAUACCUACUCCAACGCCAAGCUCCAGACGGGCUGGUCUGGUACAUCCUGGGCAAGGGCUGCGGAGAUUAUUCGUUAUACAUAUACUGGCUGGUCUUCGGGCGACAUCACCAAGUUUGAGAAUAUGUUGCGCAACAUCUAUCUUCCUGAGAUAAUCGGUGGCUCGAAUAUCAUGAUGGAAGCAGCGCAAGCCAUCUCCGUCUUUCUAAAUGAUAAGUUUAGCCAUGACAAGGCGAUGACAAGGUUCCUCGGCCGCGUUCCCGCCUACGUAUACCUCACAACCGAUGGCGACUAUCCAAAAGGCGCACCUGGGAGCCCCCAGACUACGAAAGCGGCGAUCAUCGACUACUGGCAAGGUCAAAGCACAUUCGUCAAUGGCAUUGCUCAAGAAACCUGCCGUGACUUUGCACACACUGGGUAUGGAAUCGCUUCCAUCGGCCAUGUUGCAGAAACGUCUCGUAUUCAGGGGACGGACCUGUAUACUGGAGAUAUUGGCACUCGCCUCCGCUAUGCACUUGGUUUCCACUCGCAGUACCAACUAGGAGCAUCAGUUCCUAAUUGGCUCUGCAACGGAAAUCUGAACCUAGGCUUGGGACCGGUUACGGAGAUUGGGUUCAACGCCAUGAACACUAGACUUGGAUACUCGAUGACGAAUACUCAAACUUUGACGCAGAAUCAGCGUCCUGCUGGAACAAAUCUCUUAUUCCUUGGAUGGGAAACGCUGACUCAUGCGGGAAAUACGGCAUAG